CACGCUAGUGGAGCGGAAGAUGGCGGCGGCAGCGGUGGCUGCAGCCGGGACACCAGUUGGGCUGAGGCGGAGGACCCGCCGGUUCUGACCUCGCUCUGGCUUCGGUGCGCGGGGCGGAGCGUGUGCGAGGCCCCGCGCGGCGGGUAGGGGCGGCGGCGGCAACUGCGCGCUGUCCUGAGGAGCGUCCCGGCGGCGGCGGAGCUGCGGCUGAGGAGAGAGCCGGCUCUGGGCCUCCGCGUCCUCCUGCUCCCCCGGCCCCCCGCCUCCUCGGGGGGGCGGCGGCGGCGAUGUUCUCGGUCCUCUCGUACGGGCGACUGGUGGCCCGCGCCGUGCUCGGCGGCCUCUCGCAGACCGAUCCCAGGGCCGGCGGCGGCAGUGGCAGUGGCGGCGGCGAUUACGGGCUGGUGACGGCCGGCUGCGGCUUCGGCAAGGACUUCCGUAAGGGCCUCCUCAAGAAGGGCGCGUGCUAUGGGGACGAUGCGUGCUUCGUAGCCCGGCACCGUUCUGCAGAUGUGCUCGGGGUUGCAGAUGGUGUAGGAGGAUGGAGAGACUAUGGAGUUGAUCCAUCUCAGUUCUCAGGGACUUUAAUGCGGACAUGUGAACGGUUAGUAAAAGAAGGACGGUUUGUCCCAAGUAACCCCAUUGGAAUCCUCACCACAAGCUACUGUGAGUUGCUGCAAAACAAAGUACCUUUGCUUGGUAGCAGUACUGCCUGUAUCGUGGUGCUGGACAGAACUAGCCACCGCUUACACACAGCAAACCUGGGUGACUCUGGCUUUCUGGUUGUCAGGGGUGGUGAAGUUGUGCACCGAUCAGAUGAGCAGCAGCAUUACUUCAACACUCCAUUCCAGCUCUCAAUCGCACCCCCGGAAGCCGAGGGAGUUGUCUUGAGUGACAGCCCGGAUGCUGCUGAUAGCACAUCUUUUGAUGUCCAGUUAGGAGACAUUAUCCUGACGGCAACAGAUGGACUCUUUGACAACAUGCCUGAUUACAUGAUCCUUCAGGAGCUAAAAAAGUUAAAGAAUUCAAAUUAUGAGAGUAUACAACAGACAGCAAGAAGCAUUGCUGAGCAAGCUCAUGAGCUGGCCUAUGACCCAAAUUAUAUGUCACCUUUUGCACAGUUUGCAUGUGACAACGGAUUGAAUGUGAGAGGCGGAAAGCCAGAUGACAUCACCGUCCUUCUCUCAAUAGUGGCUGAAUAUACAGACUGACUCUCCUAGGUGUCAACUCCUUCCUUUCCUUUUAUCAUCCCAAAUUGCCCCCUGCCAUGUGUGCUGAUCCUGCUGGCAGGACCACGUUUCUUUGCCACUGAUCUCAAUGGCCAGUGAUGUAAGCCUUUUGCCUGAGACCCCAUUGAGAUCUUUGUUGAGAACCACUACUAUCAUUCACUAGCUCAUAUCUGCCAGCAACAUUUAAAGAGAAUCAAGAUUUGAAGAUUGGCCUUCACUUCUUACUGUCCUUUCCAUGAUAGGAUUGAGGUUUCCAAAGCCAGAAUGGCUAUUACUUUUCAAAAACGGUUGAAAUACUGAAAAUGAGUAAUAUUGGUAAAGUGAAUUCAAAAUUACAGUGUGUAAAAGGGAUUUUAAAAGUCUAACACAAAUUGUAGGUUAUGGUACAUGUACUAGAAACUUAUGUUAUUCAUCAAAAGAUAUGUUACACGUGUACUCUACAGUCUGUGUUAUGACUGGGUGUGGCUUUAUGUUUUUAUUUUAAACUCCUGUUUUUCAGGGGCUUAUAAUCUUGCUCUAAAACACUGUUCUGGAUUACAAAAUCUUGAUCCCAGGAGCUUUUUCUGUUUCAAGUUGGAAGAAAAAUUCAGUUUAGUUCUAUGGAUGCACAUGUUUCAUGGUUUUUAAAAGAUGUUUAAUUGUGCUCCUGUGAUGAAAGUUUCAGCAGUUUAUUGAUUAGUGCAUAUCAGGUUGGUGGCCUGAUCUGCAGGGGAGGGGGGUUGGGGAGACUCCUUACCAGAAUUUUUUAAUGGAAAUAUUUAAGGAAGUUCCCUGGUGGUCUAAUGGUUAGGACUUGGCGCUUUCACCACUGUGGCCCAGGUUCAGUCCCUGGUCUGGGAACUGGGAUUCCACAUCAAGCUGCUGCACACUGCAGCCAAAAAGAAGAAGAAAUAUUAUUUAAGAUUACAAAAUUCCUCAAAACCUAGAGAUUUAGUAUUACACCUGAAAUUCCUUCCAGCUGUCUGAUAUGAUGCCCCCAUGUGGGAGCUCCAGGCCCAUAGGCCUGAUGGGUUGAGAAUGGACAGCUCUGAAUUUUGUUGGCUCUUGAUGGUCAUGCUACCCCUCAUCUCGCUCUCAGAGCUGUUGUUAGUAGCCUUGCUUUCUCUAGAGCAUGCACCACAUUCAGGGAGUCCGUGUGGAAAGAGCACCAUGGGUAGUGGUAGAGUCAGUGAGGAAAAUUUCUAAUGAUGAUCUGACUUUUGCAUUUGGCCGACACAGAAAUUUAGGGAUUUCUGAAUCAAGCUUAAUGUUUACAGUUUCCAAAUAGCCAUCUUGCAGUGUGUAGUUUCCUUAUAAAAAUACCCCACAUUCAGUUUUUCCAUUAUCUGCAAGCUCAAACUUAUUUUUAAGGUUUGUGUACAAGUCGACUGCUGUAAAGAUAUAUUUUUGGGUCUGUUUUUCCCCUCAUUAACUUGGUGGUAGAAAUAUAUAUAUAUAUACUUAGAAAUCCUUAAAUUAAAGCCAUGUUUUAUAUAUAUAUAUACAUAUAUAUAUGUAUAUAUAUAUGUAUAUAUAUGAGUCAGGUAACAUUGGUGUAUAGAUGAGAAUGCAAUUAAACCUGAUGAGAAUCUACUUGAGGAGAAUAUAGAAAGUCUCUUUCUCUAAAGGAGAUACUUACUCCCUGGUUUAUUGCAUUAAAACUUAUGUUUGAGGUUACCUCAACUUGUUUUAAAAGAUUUUGUUUUGUGAAUUUGUACUGUAUAUUUGAGUAACUGUCAAGCUUUUGUUUUAUUUAAAAUUGUUUAACAUGUACCAUGUACAUGUCAUUACUAUAUUUCAAUGCAUCAUGCUUGUAACAGGCAUUUCAUUUAUAAUAAGAAUGAGUUAUUCAUUUGUAAGCCGUUCAGUAAUUUAUCUACUAUUCCUAAAUUGGCAUAAUGUUAGAUAUCUAUUUUGAAUCACCUUUAAUUACAUGUCAGAAUGCCUUAACUACCCUAACUUGACAAAACAGAAUUCUUUGGUAGAGGAGAUUGGGGGCGGGGGGGAGUGGAGAGAGACUCUGUUUAAGUAAUGAGAACCCAUCGUGCUGUGAUAAAACACAGAAGCGUGAGUGGUAAGUGGCGGGGUAUUUAUUUUGCACACACUAUUUGCAUUCUCUGUGUAUUUAAAAAGUAAAGAAAGUUGCAUCCAGAAGGGUUUUGUUGAAAGGAAUACAUUUACACUUGGGCUGAUGACUUAAGUUCUUCUGUUGGGUUUUUAAUGAUUUUUGAUCAGAGGUAUGGAGCCUUAUGAUCUGGAUACAUUUUAUACUAAUUUUUCAAUGCCUGCAUUUAGUUCAUGGUAAGAGCAGUGCUGGUCAAGUCACUGACUUUUUUCUGUACUCACUUAUACCAUCAAACAAAAUCUUCAUAAAGCUAGAUUGGUGGUGUUGUACACAGUUUCAUUUAAUCAACUUAGUCUUUUUUGGGAAAUGAAUUGUUAGAAAUUGACAAUGUGUUUGUUCCAGUGACACUGAAACUAGUGGAACAAGAAUUGAGUUUCACAGGGGAACUGACUUUUGGCCUGUAGAUGAGGGAUAUAAAAUAUUUUCUCUGUUUUUUCCCCCUGCCCUUUUUGUGUUGUGUACUUCAUUUUGUGACUGUGGGGUCAGUUGGAGUGCUGCUUAACAAGUAACUCUCCUUCCACUCUCAGUGGUCAGAGGCUGCUGUGUAGGACCCACACUGGAAGUUUCCAGGUCACAGGACCCAAGUCUUUGUGGGAUGUGCCUGAGAGAUACCCCUUGGUGGGUCUAAUUCUGAACUUGAUGUGUGUGUUAACUGUAUUUUAAAUCAAGCAGUAUAAAUACACACACAUUUGCCUCAUGUAGUGGACUUUUAUAACAAAAGAGAAUUUGGGUUUCUAAUUUACAAAUGGCAAAUUAUUUAUCCCUUCCUGGAUGCACCAAAGACCAGUAAAGUUUAUAGCUUUUCCAUCUAUAUUUAUAAAGCAAUACUGUAUUAUAAAAAUCAAUAUUUUUAUCACAUGCUUGAAAUUUUUAUUUUGUUCUGUUUUAAAAUGUGCACUCUAAACAUAUCAGAACCUUAUUUCUUCCUGUGAACUUAAGCUGCCUGCGCACAAAAAAAAAAAAAAAAAAAAUUACUGAAUGGAUAUGCAGUAGAGUCCAUCGGCUCUUAAAAACUGAAAGAAGAAAUGAGGUGAGGAAAACAAGUUAUUUGUCCUGAAUUACUGUACUGGCUUGACAUGGUUGAUGGGUACUAAAUCACAAAAGAAUCCAUUCCAGGUGUGCAUGUCUGGGGGUGGGCUGUGACUAGAUUAGAAACUAGCUUUGCAUGAUGGGAGGGUGUCAUCUCCUAUCAGCCGCAUUUGUUCUGGAUAGAACAGUAGCCUUCAGUACCACCUUCAGUACCACCAACCUACCACAUCAAGUAACGAGGAAGGAAUUGUGAGAAUUUACCAAGUCUGUUUUGAGCAUUUUGGAAAAUGUAAACAAAAAUGGCUAGAACUAUAAAUGUUUGUACUUCUGAUUAAGUUCAUGGUUCCUUGUUACCUUAUAUACCAGCUAUCUUUGGUAGAAGCUACAGCAUCCAAUUUCCCUGGAAACUCACAUUUUUGCAUUUAGCAGAUUUUGCAAUACCAAAAAUCCCAAAUCUGAUUCUAAAACAAAAUGUGAAACAGAAAGCAUUUGGAUUCUAUUGGUUCAAAAAAAUUAAAUUCUUUGCAAAACUGAACUUCUCAACCAAAAAUUGACAAUGUCCAUGUCAAAAUUUUAACUGUUAAGCAGGUAGUUUGUGGCAAAGAUAGCUAAGUAAUGAAGCAAGUCUGAAUUUGUGUAUACUAAUGAGCUGCUUUUUUCUGUUGAGACUAUCAUUAUUUGUCUUACCCAAGAGGCAAUGACCUGAAUUGGAUGUCUGAAGUAUAACUUAUGCAGGAAUAGUUCUGUAAAUACAUUUAAAUAAACUGUAAAGAUAUUUAAUAAAUAUAGUAUUUAUACUAA